GCUUAUCAUCCUCGAUGAGGAUGAUGAGGACGAGGAGCAAGGGAGGGGAAAUUGCGAGGAAGAUGAUUCUCCGAUCGGAGAUUUGGGAUCUAAGAUGUCUCAGAAUCAUAGUGAUGCUAAUGAGGGUAUGAAGGAGGUGGAGGUUAUUGAUGUUCUCGAUCAUGAAGAAGAAGAAAACGAGAGGAGAGCAGGGGAUCUAGAAAAGGAAAUGCCGGACGAGGAUGUUGAUGUUGAUGAUGAUGAUAAUGAUGCCGAUGACGAAGAUGACAAAGAUUGCGACGACAAUAACAAUGUCGAUUGUGCUGGUGAUGAUGUUGGCUGUGGUGGUAACAGCAGUGGUGGAAAUGACCAAGGGAAGGUUGGAGGAGCAAAGAGAGUGUUGGUGGCUUCCUGCGUUGCAAGCAGAACUCGGUCUCGUAUCGGAAAACAGAAAAGGUUCUCCUACACUUCUUAUUUUAAAGAUGUCUCUGAUGAUUCAGGGGAGGAAGGAGAUGAGGAGGAGGAAGAAGAAGAAGAGGAGGAGGAGGAGGAGAAAGAGGAUGUUAAUGGUGAGCCCGAUCAUGGAACUAAUGGUGAGAGUUCUUCAGUUUUCAUCAAGAAGAAGGUCCCAAGAAGCAGUGCGAAAAAUAAUGGGGAAGCUCCUCCGAGUAUCAGUGUUGCACAACGAACACGAUCCCAUUUCAGCUUGGAGCAGCCCAAGAAGAAACAGAGGCUUGGGACAAUGUCCAACCCCUUCUGCUCGGAUGUGAAUGAUUUCGUCUUGGAGUCUGAGAUGGGCUUGCUUUCAUCCAACGAGGACGAUGAAAAGGGAAGAACGAAAGGUAACGCAGUGAAUGACAACAAAAAAGAGGGAGAAGUGAGACAGGACACUGCAAAAACAUGGAAAUCUAAUAAGAGAAAGUGUGUUGAGAUGCUAAAGGGGCAAUCCCUUUUUGAGCUUCUUGCCGAUACUAUUUGCAGUGACAAGAAGGAGCCUCUAGAAGAUUCAGUUCCUCCUGAUAAUGAUUCUUCUCUUUUCAAACAGAACUUUUGUGAUGAACAGUGGUCCCCUCUGGUAUUUUCUUUUGGAGAUGAAGAUGCUGUACAAGUUGGGAAGUCGGAAGAAGAGAAAAUGUUGGAUGAAUUAUGGGCUGACUUUGAAUUUGCUAUGGAGUCGACGAAUAUUGGAACUUAUCAUACAGCUGAGAAUCAAGAAGAGAAGAUCAAUGUACCAGAAGCUGCUUCUGAUCCGCAAUCUCUUUGUUCUCAAGGGAAGCACCACUUUAUCCUUAAUGAACAAAUUGGAAUCACAUGCAAAUUUUGCUCCUUCGUAAAUUUGGAAAUUAGAUAUAUUAUGCCUUCUUUGGAAAAACAUUUCGGAGAAAAUUCAACCCGGAGAAGUUGCACUGGCGUGGAGAACUCCUCAAUAUAUGAUGAUCUUUUAAAAGCUGAGAACAAAGAUGAGCAAGGUUUCUGUGGUCAUAUAAAAGGAACUGUAUGGAACCUCAUUCCUGGGAUUAUUAACACUAUGUACAAUCAUCAGAGAGAAGCAUUUGAGUUUAUGUGGACUAAUCUUGCCGGAGGGAUUAACCUAAAUGAGCUAACAAAAGGAGCUAGACCUGAUGUUAUUGGAGGUUGCGUUAUUUCUCAUGCACCUGGAACAGGAAAGACCCGGCUCACCAUAGUCUUUAUCCAAACAUAUAUGAAGGUUUUCUCUGAAUGCCGGCCGAUGAUUAUUGCCCCGAGUGGGAUGCUACUUGCAUGGGAAAAAGAAUUCCGAAAAUGGAAUGUUGGUAUUCCAUUUCAUAUAUUGAAUUCUGUGGAAUAUUCAGGCAAUGAAGAUAAAUCUAUGCUUAAGUUGGUAUGCAAAGAACCUCGGAGUGAGAAGCUGACACGACUAGUGAAGUUGUAUUCAUGGGAUAGAGGAAAUGGCAUACUAGGAAUAAGUUAUGGCCUAUUCAAGAAGCUGACUGGAGAAACGUCUAAGAGUUCUUUGGACAUGAAAAUAAGAGGCAUUCUUCUUGAGAAGCCCGGUUUACUUGUUUUAGAUGAGGGGCAUACACCUAGGAAUGAGCGGAGUCUAAUUUGGAAGGCGCUGGGGAAAGUCAAGACCGAAAAGCGAAUUAUCCUAUCAGGAACUCCUUUUCAAAAUAAUUUUUUGGAGCUUUACAAUAUUUUAUGCCUUGUUAGACCUAAAUUUGCUGAAAAGAUUUCAAAUAGAACUCCGAAAGUGUCUCGAAGGAAAUCAGAUUUUGCCUUAGAGAAGAGAGACAUCUUUCCAGGAAAAUAUGAAGGGAAAGGGGUUUGGACUUCUCUAACUAGUCAUGUCACUGAUGAUAAUGCAGAAGAGGUUAGAUCAAUACUAAAGCCUUUUGUCCACAUCCAUAAUGGCAACAUCCUCCAAAGUCUCCCUGGUUUAAGAGAAUGCCUAAUCGUGCUAAAUCCCUUCUCUCAGCAAAAGAAAAUUAUUGAGAAGAUUGAGAAAAUCGGGCUUGCUCACAAUUUUGAAUAUGAAUAUAAUAUAUCCUUGGUGUCAAUUCAUCCUUCUCUUGCAACUCAUAUUAACAUGCCUGAAGAGGAUGCUUUAGUUAUCGACAAGAAUUUACUAGAGGAUUUACGUUCGAAUCCCUGUGAAGGAGUGAAGACAAAAUUCGUAGUGGAACUUGUUCGUCUUUGCGAGGCGCUAAAAGAAAAGGUUUUGAUUUUUAGUCAGUAUAUACAGCCGUUAUCAUUGAUAAAAGAACAGCUUAUGAAGUUAUUCAACUGGAGUGAAGGUAAGGAGAUAAUUCAGAUGGAUGGGAAGAUUCUUCCUCGAAAUCGUCAGGCCUCAAUUGAAAUUUUCAAUGAUAUAGAAAGUGAGGCUAGAGUUUUACUUGCAUCAACAAGAGCUUGUUGUGAAGGGAUAAGCCUUACAGGGGCUUCGAGGGUUGUACUUUUAGAUGUUGUAUGGAACCCUGCAGUUGGUAGACAAGCAAUUAGUCGAGCAUACAGAAUAGGGCAGGAGAAGUUUGUUUAUACAUAUAAUUUAAUCACGUCUGGAACUGGUGAAAGAGAGAAAUAUGAAAGGCAAGCCAAAAAGGAUCACUUAUCCAGGUUAUUAUUUUCUCCGGAAAUCGAUCUUCACAAUGUAAGGAACAGUCUAUCACAAUCAGAAAAGGAGCACUCUGAUAAAUUAGUAUCAGAAGAUAAGAUUUUGGAAGAGAUGACUUCUCAUGACAAACUCAAAGACAUGUUCAUAGAGAUUUACUACCCCCCAACGGAGUCGAAUAUAGCGUGUACUUAUAGCCAGAUUGCUCCUGAAUUUAGUAGAUAACGUCCAUCUACAAUUGAAAGUUUUGACUCCAUUCUUGGCACUGGGGAGUGCGUGGCCCAAGAACGGGAGAACAUUCAUUUUGUACACUUCAUUACAUUCCUAACCACACCAACAUACAAACACAUUAUAUCAUCAGUACGAUUUCCAUUCCUUCAAAAUUGAACUGUUUUGUAUAUUUUCUCAGAAACGCACAGGAAAAUGAGUAAUGAAAGAAGGGAUAUAACAUUCAUGGGGUCAGAAUCAGCUUAAUGUAGCACUUGUAUUUAUCCUUCGUUUCUCCCAAUCAUUCCUGUUACAAAUAUCCGAAUUCAGCUACAAAUCUAUGCAAUUGCAGAUCUGCUACUGGUAAGCGAAUUGGAUGUUUACUUUCUAUGCAAUUCGAUGCAUCAUGAAGGUGAUUACUGAACUAAUACACUUGUCAUUGGAAUGAUACUCCAUAGAUCAUAUGUUAGAGCUGGUAACUAGUGGAACUUUUUGAUGGACAGUACUUGUGCAGUAGUAUGGUAUAUUAACUGUAAAUUUAUGUUCUAAUCGUUAAACAAAGAGAGAGGGAUUGAGCCCUUUCCUGCAUUGGUGGCUGUUCAAACUUUACUGGAAUAAAAUACCCACUCUGAAAGGUAAGUUUUU